GGUGCAUUCAGUUCAAGCAAAGCAAUCGAAUAGAACAGUUCAAUUCAAAUAAAAGAGCGGUUCAAACUCAACAGAAGUCUCCAAUUCUGCAAAAGUUCCAGAAAAAUUCGUUAAAAAUGAGUCUACUUGUAAUCAUUGCAAUUGCCGCUUUGGUGCAAUCGACCUACUCUGCUCCACCGCCGAACGAAUGUGUCUGCACUCGUGAAUAUCUGCCGAUUUGUGCCUCGGAUGGAGUUACCUACUACAACAACUGCUUGUUCCAGUGUGAAAAGAAGCGCAACAAGGACUUGGAAAUCAAAUUCUACGGCGAAUGCGAUGAAAAAGCUGAUGAUCUGCCGGUCGACGAGCUAUGUAUCUGUACCGAAGAAUAUUUGCCAGUCUGCGCUAGUGAUGAUCAAACCUAUGCAAACGAAUGCAUGUUCAACUGUGAAAAACGCAAGAAGAUCGACUUGACUCGCAAAUAUCGAGGCGAAUGUGGUGAACCAAUCGAAAUCCGUGAAGGAAUCGACGAUGAAGUACAUAUUUUGCCAAUCGUUGAAGAAGACUGCUUCUGCACAUUAGAACACUGCCCAGUUUGUGGCACCGAUGACCGUACCUACCCGAACGAGUGUAUGCUGAACUGUGAACAACGCAAGCACAAGGAUCUCAAACUCAAAUACAUCGGCGAAUGUGGCGAAGAUAUUCGAAUUCCAGAUGAGAUGUCAAUAUUUGAUCAGUGCAUUUGCCCAGCAUUGUACGCUCCAGUUUGUGGAUCCAACGGAGAAACCUAUUCCAAUAAAUGCUUGUUGCUGUGCGAACGCAAACAUCAAACUGGUUUGGUCAUCAAACAUUUUGGAGUUUGCGAAGAUGCAUAAGUUUUGAAAAGAACGAAUAUUUUUGAUUUUAUUCUAAGUAGUUCAUAAUUAAACCAAUUAAAAUUAAAUGUACUAAUUAUUUCGUUGUAAUUCAACCGCUGGAAGGGAGUUUUUGAAAUAAAAUUAGUAAACGUUCAACAA